AUGCAAUCUAAAAAUUAUUAUAAUUAUUGGAAUUUGAAAUUACAAAAACAAGGUUAUGAAAGUUGUUUUAUUAAAAAGACAAGACCUAUAUAUUGGGAAAAUAUACCUGAAAAUGAAUUAAAAUAUGAAGAUGAAAUUGAUGGAAUCUCAAUUUUUUAUAAUAAAGAAAAAUUUGAAUGUAUCGAUUUGAAGAAAUUUCAAAUAUCACAAUAUUUUAAAGAAGAAUUUCAAAAUAAUUAUGAUUUAAAAUUAAAUCAUAUGCAAAUUAAUAAUAUUUUCAAUACAAGAAAUCAAGUUGCUUUGAUUAUGGUAUUAAAGCAUAAAUUAACAAAUCAAAUAUUCAUUGUGGCUAAUACUCAUUUAUAUUGGAAAUUAAAUGAUAUCAAAUUAUUACAAGUUAUGGUUUUAUUAGAAGCAUUGGGUAAAUUUAAAUCAAAAUAUCCUGGUGCUAAAAUUUUAUUUAGUGGUGAUUUUAAUUCUCAACCAAAUUCAUCAGUUUAUAAUUUUUUACAAAAUGAUAAAAUUAAUACAAUGGAUCCAGAUAUUUCUAAAUAUUUAAUUGAAAAAACUAAAAAAUUCAUUAUAAAUCCAGUGGAAAUUCCAAAUAAUAUUUUGGAACAAAUUAUUAAAAACGAUAAAAGUAAUGAAUUGUUUACAUGUUAUACCCAACAUUUAUUUGGUAUUUUUGAUUAUAUUUGGUUUAAUGAUAAAGAUUUCCAAUUAUUGAAAAUGUUGAGUGGAGUUGAUCAAAAUUAUUUAUCUCAAAUUAAAGGUUUACCAAAUGAGGAAUUCCCAAGUGAUCAUAUUCCAUUAGUUGCUGAAUUUGGUAUUAAAAUAUGA